AUGUCUCGUCUCGCCUCAGGGCGAGCCGCUACUUAGAUCCCCGAGUCCUCCCCCAACCCCAUCGUCCGUCGCAUAAAAUCAUCGGCAUAGCUCCAAGCCGGCUGUCGGCCAUGUGUGUCGCAGCAGCGUCGCUCAGCGCUCACUUCUUAUCUCUCGCCGCGAGGCCGCGACAUUCCUUCAUCCGAUCGUUCAACCCGCUCCUCAACCCGCCUUUUGCCAGGCGUCGCGUCGCUGCACCCGCGAUCAGGUCCCCCUCCGUCGUGCGCGCCAUGGCAGAUUCGCUAAGGGCGGAUAGAGCGACCUCGCUAGAAGGCAGUGCGCGCGAUUCGACCCAAAUCCUGCCGUCCUGGGCGCAGAGAACGCUCUGUCCGGCCGGCGACGGUUGCGGCGACGGCGAGUGCGAACUGCUCCACGUGGACCCCACGUGGCGCGACGUGCUGGCGAGCCGACACGUGGCGCAAGGAGAGGGGAGGAGUAGCAGUAGUGCCAGACCGCGGCUGAUCGUGUGCGCGGGACCAGAGAGGUCGGGCUCCACGUGGCUGUUCAACGCUGUCCGUCUGCUUCUCGCCCACUCUGGCCAGCUGGCGCUCUCCUAUUGGCUGCACACCGUCACUGAGAGCAAGCUAAGGGCCAGGGGACUCACCGCACUGGGCAGCAGCGGACAUGGGGGGGAGGGGGGAGGAGGGGGUGGGGAAGGGGGGGAUAGGGAGGGCGGCAGAAUGGUAGUGGGGGAUGGAGUAGCGGUGCAGAUGGGUGGAGACGCAUGGGGAGGAGUGAACGUGGUGGUGAAGACGCACGAGUGGUCGGAGGAGUGGGAGGCUGGGGAGUGGACGAAGCAAGUGCUGGUGACUGAUCGCCAUCCCUGUGAUGUUGUUGACUCGUACCUCCGUGUCGGCUGGCUGCCCCACAGCAUGCCGCACAUCAAGGCACAUCUGCAGUCGUACCUGUCCGACCACCGCCGCUGGAAGCAGCACGCGGCUCUCGUCAUCCCCUUCCCCGCCAUCGUGCCGCCUGGGAGCGACUCUGAGCUGCACUGCCUCUCUCGCCUCGCCACGCUCCUGGGGCUAAACGUACAAGAGUCGGCGCAAGGGUCGGCGGAAGGGCCGGCGAAAGGGUCAGCUGAAGGUUCGGCGAAAGGGUCGGCUGUCGAGGUGACUGUAUGUGGUGCUGGACGAGGGCGGGGUGGUGGGAGGGCAGUGGAUGUGCGUGCCGUGUCAAGAGCCCUUGCCCAGCUCCCACUUCCCACAGGGUGGGGCCCUGACCCGGUCACCAAGCUGUGGCCGCGUCACAUCCGCUCGUCCCCCCACCCCAGCAGGCGAGCAGCAGCAACGGGGCUGACACGAGAGGAGCGGGAGGAGGUGCAGCAAGUUGUGUCAGUGUGGCUCACAGCACCUCCUAAGUAGACCCACCCGAGUGCCCAGCUGUGGCCAGGGAGCACCCUAGCAAGCUGGGGUCAGCAAGGGGUUUAACACGAGAGGAGCGAGAGGAGCGAGAGGAGUGAGAGGAGCGAGAGGAGCGAGAGGAGUGAGAGGAGCGAGAGGAGCGAGAGGAAAUGCAGCAGUUUCUGUGAGCGCUCACAGCACCUCAUAUGCAGCCUGAGGAUCAAAGCCAGGCUGUGGCCAGUGCACACCCUAGCAGGUGUGGGCCAGCAAAGGGGCGUGCAAAGCGGAGGUGCAGCAGUUUGUGUGUAUGCUCUCAGCCUGCCACUGUUGGAAAUAUCUCAAGGACUUAAGCGUUUCAGAAGUGUAACACUACACUCGAGGAAAGUCGUAACGGGUACGCGAGUCAACAGAGGUUACACGAGGGGACGGACAAAGAACACGAAAGGACUCGAAGGGUCGCAACCGGAGGUUGCGACUGACCGUUACAGCUGCAAGGAUGGUAACAGAACCGUCAAUCGAGUUGCUGUGCGACUCGAUAAACCGCUCUUUUAACUGUAUUCUACAACUGCUUUAAUUUCCUACUUUCUAUAUA